CACGCAAAGAAACAAAGAGUCCUAGGCUCAAACGGACAUCCAAGUCCCGCUAGGCUGGUGGUGGCCUUGGUCAAAGUGGCACCUCACAAAUGGGAUGUUCUUAGUAGAAAAUCCCCAGAUGGGAAUGAAAGGUUCUCCAAAUGGACCAGAUCUAGUGGCCUUGGUGUGCAAGCCUGGCAGUUUACCACAAGUGCUGGCAGAGGAGUUCCAAAGUCCCAGAUGCUACUUUUCUGCUUCCUGAUAUUAAUUCCUUGAUCUGGAAGUCCAGAGUGGUCGAGAUAGCAGAAGAGAGGAAUGUCCUUCAGACACACACCUCAUGGACACAGUCCUCUGAACCCAGAAGCCCACUGCCUUUAACAACAAACACAUACAGAAACAUUUCCCUUGACCCGUGGCAGAAGCCAGGAUGGAAACUUCAACCAGCGCAAAGGACCAUGACGUGACCACAGAAUACGACUAUGGGGACCAGAUCCUGCAUGACCCGGUAGAAGAGAGGAUCUCUGGGGCCCAGCUGCUGCCCCCCUUGUACUCGGUGGUGUUUGUCAUUGGCCUGAUCAGCAACAUCCUAAUGUUCCUGGUCCUCAUGCAAUACAAGAGGCUCAAAGAGAUAUCUUUGAGAUGGGAAUGGCAACCCGGUCGAGAAAUCUUCUGUGGAAAAUCCUAUAGAUGGAGGAUAUCUAUCAUCUACCUCCUCAACCUGGCCAUUUCUGACCUCAUCUUCCUCUUCACGCUGCCCUUCUGGAUCGACUACAAGGUGAAGGACGACUGGGUUUGUGACGCCAUGUGUAAGUUGGUCUCUGGGUUCUUUUUCUUGGGCUUGUACAGCGAGAUCUUCUUCAUCAUCCUGCUGACCAUCAACAGGUACCUGGCUAUCGUCUACUCCCUGUCUAAACUUCGGUGUUGGUACGUUACCUCUGGUACUAUCACCUGCAUUGUCACCUGGGUCCUGGCCAUCUUGGCUUCUGUCCCCAGCUUUUAUUUUUCCAAGACCCAGUGGUGGUUCACCCACUACACCUGCAGUCUUCAUUUUCCUGCUGAAAGCCAUGGAAGAAAGUGGAAGCAGUUCCUGGCUCUGAAACUGAACAUCUUGGGGCUGAUAUUGCCUCUGUUGAUCAUCAUUGUCUGCUAUAGACAGAUUAUAAAGAUUAUGCUGAGAAUAUCAAAUAAGAAGAGGGUCAAAGCCAUGCAUCUGAAUUUUGUCAUCAUGAUCACCUUCUUUCUCUUUUGGACGCCCUACGAUCUGACUGUGUUUGUUUCUGCUUUCCAAGAUUCCCUGUGUGAGCACUGCAGCCAGCUGGACUUGGCCAUUGAAGUGACAGAGGCGAUUGCCUAUGCGCACUGCUGCGUCAACCCCAUGGUCUAUGUCUUUUCCGGGGGGUCCCGCAGGGUUCUAUGGGACUUGCUCUAUCAGCUGACUAAGUGUCGCUGCUUCCUGCAAGAGGUAGGAGAGGGUCAACUCCAUGUCCGUUACACAGGCAAUGAAGAACGCUGUUCUGUGCUCAGACUCAGGCCCCUCAUUUCCAUCGAGGCCCCAAGAAGCAUAAGCUGCUAGCAUGCUGACUGGGGAGGAGGCAGCUUGGGUCUCCCAGCCAGAUUCUGACACCUGACCUGGAACUAUAGCCACAUGGGGUUGAGGGAGCUCCAAGGUGUUCUACAAAAUCACCAUUAAGGUUUGAUUUUUCUCCAUGAACUUCUCUUUGGUGGAAAAUGAGAUGAACAGAUGAGAUGGUGGAAAUGAAUAAAUAAAGUGGAACAUCCCAGAAGACUGGGUCAAAGGAUGACAGAGAAGGGCUUGGUACCAAAGAGAAGUUCAGAUUGUUGAACAGUAGCAUUUGUAAACCAGUCACUGAGCAUCUGCUACCCUCACCCCCAAGACCAGUGAUCUUGCAAAUGGGGAUUUCCAUAGCUGCCUCCACUCUGAGCAGAGAAGCCAAGCAGGAGCCGGCAGCCACCUCUCACCUCCCCACCCCCACUCCCAGAGCAGCAUUUAGGCUCUUGGAAACCCUGAGGAAUCUAGAACUCCUGAUGGAAGAACUUGACACCUAAUAGGAAAUAGGAUUGGGGAACUGCUGUUGGCAGUGAAGCUAAGAAAGCCCUUGGAUGGAAUUUUUAUAGUCACUAAAGUCAACAAAUGCAGGCAGUGGGGUAGACACAGACAAAAUGUAUAAACUGCUGUACUUCUUGAAAUUGCCACGGAACAGAGGUAGUCAUUACUUCCUUUUACCAUUCCUGUCUCCUGAAUAUUUUUCAGAAUCUCCCUUCCCUGUCAGUUGAGGGAUGCAGCAGGAAUUUCUGACAGCUUUACUGCAGAAAUUAUUACCAGGCAAAAGGAGACAAGGUUGAUUUUCUUCCUCUGGACCUCCACCCAGACCUUACAGUUGUAUGGAUCAGAGUUCUGGCUGCCACCUUGGACUGAUCAGCAGGACAGUGACCUGGUGUGCAGGGUUUGAGGCUGGCAGGGAGGGCAACAUCUACCAGGAGGGGUGGGCACUCUGUCAGUGUAGGAAGUCGAGGACCACUUAACUUUCAUUUACCCUAAAGGUCCUUAACAUCUCCGCUCUCACCUGAAUUGAGAUAGGACCUCUUGUGCAUCGUGCCUUUCUUCCUUUUUCCCUUAGAUGUAUAUUUCUCUAAAAAUGAUUUUCCCAGUUAUAAAAAUUGUUUCCAGAAAAGUUUAAAAUCACAAAAGGAGAAAAAACAAACUUCAAAAUUAUUCAUAAUCCCCUACCCAGAGGCAGCACUCUACAUUCUUUGAUGGGUUAAUAUUUUCUUUUCGUUUUCUCGCUUCUGUACAUGUUUAUGUUUACAAAUAAGAUGAACUUCAGCUGUAAUUAUUCUUCUACUGUUGUUUAAGUAGCAGUGUGUGGGGGUCACUUUUCCAGGCAAUAAAUCAUUUCAAAGCA